AUGAAAGCCGAUAUCGAAGAUGGACCGGCAGCGCAGGCUCGUCGAGCAGAACGGAGGGCAUCGUUGAAGCUGUUGGAAGAGCACGCGGAAGGUAUGCGUAGUCUGGUGGAUUGGAUCUUCGGCGCCGGCGAGAAGUGGCUUCUCACUCUGCACGAGAUCGGCGAAUCCCAUGACGACGCGAAGCAACUGCUCAAGGAGCACAACGAACUGGAGGCCAAAUCCCGGGAGGUGGAGGCACAAUCGCGGGAUCUGGUGGCACUCGGGCGAGAGCUGGAGCGCGAGUUCCCGAAACAUGCAGCAGCAUUGCAGCAAAGUACCGAAAGAGUGGAGCAGGUGACACGAGCAUUUCGCGCCAGAGUGGCACGUCAGAAAGAGAUUGCGCAGCGAUCCGUCUGUUUCUACCAGAUGCUUACCGAGGUCAGGCUUUUGCUUUUCCCGGAGCCGUUUUCACGGGGCACGGAUCUGUUGCUAGAAUCGUUGUGCACCGAAGUGAAAGCGACCGAUAUUUCAAGUGCGGAAAUGGAGCGAAACGCGGUGGAAGCAAAAGUUGACGAAAUGGGUUAUUUCACAGUUAUUUCUAAAUCCUCAAUCUUAACUGUGUGA